CUCAUCUCCCUCUCCGUUACAUCGGUCUUGCACCAAUCUAACGGCUUCCUUUGUCAUCCAGAACCGAGGACGAGGCAUACUCAGCACGUUUGACGUUUAACGUUUGACGCCGUGCCAGUGACUCAACUCUGUCAACCACCACCAUCACUUACGGGUCGAAAGGCUUCAUAAGACACGGCACAUCUCGAACGUUCGACUGAUUUCGACAAGUUCCUUCAAUACCACCUCUUCCCUCAUAUCAACACAAAUACUUCACACCAAACCACAACAACCAACAAAAACAAUGACCGACCAAACCACCACCACCAUCACAGACCCAACCCACUCCGACCUCCGCGCCCCCUCCGUCCCCCCCGCCGCGCCCACGCCCAAGCCGAGAAAUGGAAACACACCACCCAAACCAUCCCCGUCCACUGGACAUCCAGCUCCACCUCCCCCGCCACCACCUCCACCACCCCCAUCCCACGCCCCCAAAAACAACCACGCAUCGCACGCGGCCCGAUCCCAAGCCGGGGAACAGCCCUAGCGCACGCCUGGAUGGAAUGCGCUGAUACCUCGUGCGCCAACCGAGAGGGGGACUUGGAGGCGAUGUAUGAUGGUGUGGGACUACCCCCGGGCGUGCCGGUGGGGGAUGAGGCGGUGUUUUAUACGUUCAAUAACUCGUCGCCUGCUAGCUCGCUUGGGCUGGAUGGGUUGGUGGAUAAGGCGGAGCUGCAUUUUAGGGAGAGGGAGACGGAGAGGAUUGUUAGGGCGGAGUAUGAGGUGCUUGAUGGGGAGGGGGAGAGGGUGAGGAGGAGGAAGGGGAAGGGGAGUGUGGAGGGGGAGGUGGAGGUGGAGGUUGAGGUGGAGGUGGAGGUUGUGGAGGGUGAGGUUGGGGGGGAUUGGGAGGCGAUUUAGUGGCGCUGAGAUCAGUUGAGGAGGUGCUGCGUGGAGGCGGCCCUGAAGGUGAUUCCAACAGCGAUGAAGCUCGUGCUUGUUGCGAUCAUCUUCCUCUUCUUCGGCUGAACAUUCUUUUUCCUCACUGUUUUUCCACAUUCACCUCACUUCACUUCUCGACUCUCUCUCACCUUAUACCGACACCUUUAUUCCAGCGCUUUUCACCUUUUUUCAACAACUUUUCACAUUUUGCGUUCACCAAGCUUACUCAUCCCCCCCCCCCACCCCCCGCAAAUGGAUCGGGGUUGAGAAGGACAGCCUGACUCACGCAUUCGCAUUGUACGACGAUGGCGACGACGUUAUAGAUAAAGAUAACACCUCGAGCUUACUCGUCCCAGCCUCGCGGCUAAGGGGGACGAGAAGGAUGGCUUGUGGCGUUUCUCCAGAUGGAUCUGAUUUUGGUUUUCUUGGGAGGGCUUCGAGCUUACUCGUCCAUGGAUGGACUGAGAAGGAUGGCUUGGGCGUUUUUUUUAUGCUUUGGUUUUCGGAGCUGGAUACUUUCUAGGGAGGAAUUUGUAGGACGGGUAGAUAGAUAAGGGGAGGGGAUUGGGGUAGUUCUAUACCUAGUUACUCUUCUCUCCUGCCUUUCUAUGCCGCUGUAUUGCGGGGUGGGUGGGAAGUAAGGAUUACCACUAUGAAUUUUGCCUGGAAUGACCAGUACUAGUGGUAUGACUUUUCCUACUGUAGACACAGCCUCUAGGAUAGUAAUAGACGUACGGUUUUCAGGGCUUGGAGUAUAGAGCUCCUUUGCUGUUCGUGGUAACUUUGAUGGAAUAACUAUGCCAUCAAAGCCGGCGAUUGUAGAAAAUUCUUCCACAAGAAGCCUUCCAUAAAACGGAC